AUGUAAAAUUUAAUAAGCCUAGAAAACUUUAACUAAAAUUUAAAUAAACUUCCUAUUAUAAACAGUCCUCGAUCACUAGAAGCAUUAAGACGUACCGGAAUAUUACAAGAAGAUUUAAUAAUAAAGACAAUAGAAGAUAUGAAAAUAAUUCACGCAGAUAAAUUCGUAGAUAAAAAGCAUUUGUAAAUAAAACUUUAAUUUUAUGAAGAAAAAAGAAAAAGUAAACUACAAAUGGCAAAAGAUUACAGAAUUAAAAUUAUAGAAGAAAUUAAAUCAGGAAUUUGUUAAUUUGAUGAUUUUGGACAUGCAAAAGUAUAUAUCUUAUUUUUUUAUAAAUAUUUUUAAUAUUUAUAGUAUUCGGCUUAUGCAGAAAGUUAAUUUUCUUAGAGAAAUCAACUUUCUUUAAUUGAAAUUGAGAAAAUUAAACUUGAGAAAAUCAAAAAUCGACAAUAAAGAGAAAUAUAAAACCUAAUGGAAAACGAAAUAAAACUUUAAGAAAUUCGUAAAUUAAAUGAAGAAAAAUAAAGAAUAGAAAAAGAAAAAGACCUCUAACUUUAAAAUGAACAAUAAGAAUAGCGAUAAAGAGUAAAAAAUAUCUAAAAAAAACAUAAAUUUAUAUUAAAAUAAUUAGAUAUAAGAAUUAAGACUUUAAUUAUAAAAAAACGCUAAGAAAAAUUCGAAAAAGAAAUCCAAGAAAUGCUCUAAAAAGAACUCGAAUAAGAACGAAAAGAUUAACAAUGGCAAGCCAUGGAAUAAUAAAAAAGAAAAGAGCAAAAGCUUUAAUAAUAAAAAAAAGAAGAAGAACAUAAACAAAAAGAAGAGAUUUUUCGUUAAACAACCAAUUAUAAAUUUCAAUAAUAAGAAGAAAAAAUAAUUAAAAAAAACAAGAAUUGGCAUAAAAAGAUGAAAUAAGAAAACAGAAAAAUUUAACAUUAUAUAUUUAUAAAGAUCUUCCAAGAAAAUUCAUUAAAAAGAAUACAAUAAGCUGAAUAUAAACGAUAAAAGCUUGAAGAAAAACUUUUUUAAGCUAAAAUAAAAAGUGAAAAUCAAAUGUAGAGAAUAAAAUAAUAAUUUUAAUAAAAAGAAGAGGAAAACUAAUAGAAAUUUUAACAUUUUGAAAACGAGAAAAAAUAAAAAAUAUUAGAAACUAAAAAAUAGGCAAUUCUACAUUAAUAAUAAAUAGCUGAAGUCUUAGAAAAAAUGAAUUCAAUAAAAGAACAGAAAAAAUAAAAUUACAUUACUCGCUUUUUAGAGUAAGAUUUGAGACAAAAAUACACGAAAAAGAGAAAGAAGAAGAAAAUAAACUUCUUAAAUUAAAAAACUAGCAAAUAAAAGAAUAAAGAAUGCAAGUAAAAAGAUAAAUGA